UACUUCACUGCACAUAGUUGCUGCAGUGCUAAUAGUUGGCAGCACAGAAGGCAGUACAAAGAGUCCGACUGGAGGCAGUUGCAGUUGCAACGUUCCCUUGGAGGCUGUGGCAUGCUCAGUGAGCUGCAGGGGCACUCCUGACAUGUUUAGCCACUUGUGUGGAGAAGUGGGAGUUCCAGCAGGCUUUAACAAGCAGAUGUAGGCUACUAGCUGAGAGGUGCAACAGCAUAGCUCAGGCUGGCUAAAAAAUAGCACUCAUGCUGCUACGUAAACAAAACAAGAUCUUAGUAUCAAGAUGGCCGACCUGGAAGUCUACUUGUAGCUCGUGGUACUUAUGCAAAUGAGCUACGCGUCAGUGGCUUGCUCAGAGGAGGAAUCUCAUUUUGCACAUGCCACCUUCUCGCCAGGGUCAAGAUGGAUAGCACAGAUGAACCUCAGAAAAAAGUCUUUAAAGCACGAAAAACAAUGAGAGUAAGUGAUCGACAACAACUUGAAGCUGUCUAUAAGGUUAAAGAGGAGCUGUUGAAGACAACUGAAGUUAAACUGUUAAAUGGAAAGCAUGAGAAUGGAGAUUCUGAUUUAAAUUCCCCUUUAAGCAAUACAGACUGCAUGGAGGACAAGAGGGAAGUUAAUGGCCUAGUGGGCUUGUGUGUUAACUCUGAAGAAGAAAGAACAGGUUCUGAUGAAGUUAGUGAAGCCAAAAGCCCUGAAAGUAGGGCAGGGAACAUAGUCCAUGACAUAGAACCCAAACCUCUAACGCUGUCUCCAGAGAAUGUUCCUUCUGAGCAAAAUAAAGAUACUGAUACUGCUUUAGCUUGUGAGGCUGAAAAUGGAGUGCUUGCUAGCAAUAAAGAUAACUUCCAUGAAGAAAAUAAUACAAAAGAUCAUUUGGACCAAAGAGAGAGUGACAUCCCAUCAGAAGGUGAAAGUAAAUCAAUCUGUGAUAUUAGUGACUCUUCUGAAGAGAAGGGAGAAACAAAUGACUUAGCUAUUCAUUCCGAUGCAUCUGGCAAGGAAAAGAGGACUGAAGAAGUAACUGUUGAAGAUGCUGUUGGAGAAGAAGCCAUCUCUAGCAGUAUGGAAGCUGACCAGGAACCAAAGGACAAACGAGAUGGCACUGCAGGUCUUUCAGAAACCACUGCUCAGAAGACAAUAGAUGACCCAAGUGAAAGUAUCUUGGACAGUACUGAAUCUAUGGAAACAGAUGAAAUUAUUCCAAUUUUGGAAAAACUAGCCCCGGCUGAAGAUGAACUGAGCUGUUUUUCUAAAAGUUCUCUGCUUCCAGUGGAUGACACAGUCCCAGAUUUAGAAGAGAAAAUAGACAACUGUUUGGGUUCACCAUCCAAGCAGGAAAACAAUGAAAGUCUGCCAAAAGAGGCUUUCUUAGUACUGUCUGAUGAAGAGGAUCCCUGUGAUGAGAAGGAGGAACAUGCUGAAGUGAUACUACCAAACAAGUCAAGUCUUCCAGAAGAGGUGGUGGAGGAGGAAAGAAGAAAGGAGAGUGAGGAGGAUAAAGAAGGAGAAGAGGCCCAGAAAGAAGAGGAGAAACACACUGAGAGAAGUGAAGUGUCAAGGAGAAAGCGUUCCAAAUCUGAGGACAUGGACAGUGUUCAUUCUAAACGUCGUCGAUACAUGGGAGAAGAUUAUGAAGCAGAACUCCAAGUAAAAAUUACAGCCAGAAGGGAUGUUGACCAAAAAUUGCAAAAGGUUAUCCAGACACUGUUAGAAGAAAAACUUACUGCUUUACAGUGUGCUGUAUUUGACAAGACUCUGGCGGACUUGAAAACCCGAAUAGAGAAAGUAGAAUGUAACAAGAGGCAUAAAACUGUGCUUACUGAGCUACAGGCUAAAAUUGCUAGAUUGACAAAGCGGUUUGGAGCAGCCAGGGAGGACUUGAAGAAAAGACAGGAAAAUUCACCAAAUGCACCUCUGUCACCAGGGAAAGCAGCAAGUGACACUGCAAACACAAACAAUGCGACAUACCGAAAUGCUGGCACAGUGAGGCAGAUGCUGGAGUCAAAGAGGAAUGUAGGAGAGAGCACACCAGCAACUUUUCAAGCCCCUGUCAAUGCAGUGCCAGCUUCCAGUCUUGCUGCUGCUUCGACAGUUGUCAGUGGAAAUCCUAAGCCUCAGACCCCAGUGACCUCCACCAGCUCUUUGACAACAACAGUUCUUCCCACAGCUAACACAGCUACGGUUGUAGGCACUAACCAAGUGCCCAGUGGCAGCACUCAGUCAGUGUCUGUCUCAUUGCAGUCUUUGCCCGUAAUCUUGCAUGUACCUGUUGCAGUGUCAUCCCAGCCUCAGCUCCUGCAAGGCCACACAGGGACUUUGGUCACUAACCAACAGUCAGGCAACGUUGAGUUUAUAUCUGUACAAAGCUCAUCUACAGUUGGUAGCCUUACCAAAACUACAGUGUCUUUGGCAUCAACUAACCCAAAUAAACCAAACAACAGCCCACCUGUGCCCAGUCCUGGUAUUCAAAGGAACUCUCCAGCCAGUGCUGGGUCAGUAGGCACAACGUUGGCAGUACAAGCUGUUUCUACUGCACAUCCUGUUGCCCAGGCUACAAGGACUUCUUUGCCCACAGUGGGUACUUCGGGACUUUAUAAUGCUACCAGCAGUCGAGCCCCCCUACAGAUGAAGAUUCCCCUCUCUGCAUUUAGUAGUACAGCUCCUAUUGAACCACCCACCGUUACAGCGCCCAGAGUUGAAAACCAGACAAGCAGGCCACCAACAGAUACUUCGGCAAACAAGCGAACUGCUGAGGGAACAACACAGCAGUUGAAACAGGAAGAGACUUCAUCAGAAAAUAAAGAAGCGGUAGAAGCAGCACAGACGAAUUUUAACUUCCCCGAGGAUGUCCUCUUUGGCUUGGAGGAAGAGGAAGAGGAUGCUAAGAGCAUCAAAAACACCCACAAGCAGACUGGCUGGGCAGCUAACCUAUUAAAACAAUGGCUGGCCAAAAAUGGCAAGGAUCCUAGCUUUGAAUUGGUCCCAGUAAGUGAACUCAAUGAUAUCUUAAGAGAGUUUUAUUACACAAUAAGGAAUCAUGAUGGAAAUACCUACAGUGUGGCAAGCUACAAGUCAAUGCGUGCUGGCUUAAACCGGCAUCUCAAAAUGCCACCUUAUAAUCGUCAGAUUUGCUUAAUGAAGGACAAAGAGUUUGCUGGUGCAAACAUGGUAUUUGUGAGCGUGCUGAAGAUGCUGCGCAUGCAGGGAAAGGAUGAGACUCACCACCAUCCUCCUAUAGCCGCUGAGGACUUGCGUAAGAUUAAACAAUCUGGUGUGCUGGGAUUGCACAGUCCACUGGCACUCGUCAACAAGGUGUGGUUUGAUUUGCAGUUGCAUUUUGCCAAACGAGGGAGGGAAAUUUUAAGAGAUCUGGCUCCAGAUGCUUUUGUUGUUGAGAAGGACAAGAAUGGGCGUCGAUACGCUAUGUUUAGGUAUCCUGGCAAAGGAAAAAAUGGAGAAGAUCCUCAUAAAAUGGGUAAAAUGUAUGAUAUGCCAGGGGACCCAAACUGUCCUGUUUUUUCCUUGGAGCUUUAUUUGUCUAAGUUGCCUCCGGAGCCCCCUGCCUUUUACCUGCAUCCUUUAAAGCUAACGUCAGAGCAAAUGCAAGAACAGCCUGUCUGGUACAAAAGAGAACCAAUGGGUGUGAACUACUUAGGUACCAUGAUGCCCAGGAUAAGUGUGGCAGCCAGGCUCUCUCAACGAUAUACCAAUCAUUCUCUCCGAACUACCACCAUCCAGCUACUGUGUGAAGCAGGACUGGGGCCUAGAGAAAUAAUGGCAGUGACAGGCCAUCGCUCUGAGUCUGCUAUUAGACACUACUGGGGAGCUGCAGAAGUUCGCUACAGGGCUUGGUCAGAUAUAAUGGAGAAUAAUGCCCCCAGUUACCUAUAUAGCAAGAUCCCAAAUGAAGUGAUAAAAGAAUCACUAUCUGGUGCCUCCACCUCUUCUAUAAACCGUGUUGUUCUAGAACAAAGCAAAAUUUUAUUCCCUAAGAAAUCUGUGGUGCCACCUGGCACUAAUUCUGUGACUUUAGUCCCUGAGGGACACCCAGCUCUGAAUUCCAAAAGCCCUGUCCUGUUGAACCACAGUUCUUCCAAGGUGUUUCUCCCCAAGAACAUGGCCAGUGGGAACCUAACUGCCGGUCCCCUUCAAGGCUGUUGUAACGAACCUGUCUUUAUAAAGCGUGUGAUAAAACAAGAACCAAUGACUUGAUGCUUCUGUAAUGGAACUGAUUUCAAAUGAAUUGCUAAAAUGAAAAAAAAUAUCAGAUUUGUUUUUUCACUUGGUCUACUGAGAAAAUUUCUUACAGUCUAGUUCAGCGAGAAGUAUCCUGUUCGCACUCCUGAAGUGAGCUAUGGAACAGAAACUUAAACAGAGCAGGGCUUGGAGUUUGUAUGACUUUCUGUGGCAGCUGGGACUUUUUAAGUGGCUGAGCAGAGCUAUUUUAAAAAAAUGAAAGGGAGGUACUGAUUUCCACUUAGCUGAAGAGCUAUGCUUUCUUCACUAAGUGCAUGGCUUUUAUAUUUUGUAAAGAGUGUAUUUAUUAUACCAUUUCGUGCCUGCUGGCACUAAUGUAGCAUCUUACAAAUCAAAUACUUGAUUACUGAAGAGCACGGAGAAAGUAGAAGCUGAAUGAAAUAUACACAGAUACACUAUAAUACAUAUGCAUGAAAACACCUGGAAUUGCUUGACCACUGUCACCCUCUCUGUUCAAAUUGUUAUCGGACCUACCACAGGAUUGUGCCUUUUUUUUUUUUUUUUUUUUAAACAUUCUUCUAAAUUG